UAACAUCAUGUGAAUGAACUUUGGUUUCUAUUGGUUAGUGUAAAUGCAAAUUUUUAGUUUCUAAAUUAAUUAGUUUUUCUAAGCUGGAUCAAUGCUUCAACAAAUGGAGCAGUGCUUACAAAACAAUUUUAAAAAGUUUGGCCAACAAUAGGCUAUGAAUGCCUCGCCAAAAUGUUAGGGAAAACGUGGUGACGUAAAGAAAAGAAUAAUCUGUGUAUUGAAUCGGUUCUUUUAAACGAACCGUUCGAAAAAUGAUUCGCGGAAAUCAUUUGGACUUCCCAACACUGUCCGACUGCUCCCAUAAUCCCUAUAUAUUACCAGCGCGACCAGCUUUACCUUCAAUGAACGCAGGGAAGAGGCGCGAUUGGCUGAGAACAGCAUCGCUCAGACACAAAACCGAGAAUCAAGCCUGGCCAUCAGGACAACAGCAGAUCAAACUCACACGGACAUCCUCGUACAUUUUGCACAAGGACUGUGAUAUCUUUGGAAACGUGCAUUUGGACUAUUCUUUUUGAGCACACCAAAUUAACAUCUUGUUUAAAUUUCCAAGUAAUGUUUUUCGCUCUCUUUGCCUUAUUUGUGUGGUCCAUGUGAUGCUCUCCCUCUCAAGAGACAAGAGUUCAGCACUGAUAUACUACACCUAAAUCAGCUUCAACAGUCUCGUACAUCCAGCAUGGAUCGCUGUCAACCACUAUUUAUCCUCCUGUUGGGAUGGGGUUAUCUGUGCUGUGGAUACUGUGCUGUGCUUCAAACGCCGCUUAUGAGUUUUUCGAAAGACGUGCAGUUUGAACAAAAAGUGGAAGCGCAAACUAAGCAACAUGUGAAGAAAGGCGAGCAGGACACGCUGUCACAACACAUGCAGAUGCUCUACGCCAAAUACACCAGCGCGGGAUUCCCUCUCAAAGAUGGCAACACUGUCCGUGGCUUCAAAGGACAUUUGGGGACCAUCAAUGAUAAGCAGUUACAAAUCUUCAACCUCACUUCCCUCACCAAGUCUGAGGAUGUUCUUUCAGCAACGCUGCACUACUACAUUGGUGACCUGCAAAACGUCAGCCACAGAUGCCCAAGGCACAAGAGCUGUGCUCACCAUAAUAAUCUCAGAAGACAAGGUCAUAUUCACCUUGAUGUCUGGAGUUUCAGCUUUGUGGAUAACACCACCAGAACAAUCGGCCAUUUUUCCAUUAACAUCUCCACAGUGUACCGGGACUUCAUAUCAUGGCAGUGGAAAGACAUUACUCGUGUUGUCAACCAAGCCAAGCAUCACGACCAGCUUCUCAUAGGCAUUGACAUUGACUCAAAAGGACGCCAACCUUGGAAGAAACUCUUGUCAGAUAGGUCUCCUUACAUUCUGGUCUACGCCAAUGACUCGGCUAUCUCCGAACCCGAGAGCGUCGUGUCCACCUUGCAGAGACACAGAAGCCGACUGGUGCCUAACCUUCAUCUGCUUGAAAUACAUAAUCGCAGUGCCUCCUCGCAAAAUCGGACCAGACGGUCCACCAACGUCCUGCUGCCGCUACAGAACAAUGAGCUUCCAGGCCCCGAGUACCCUUAUGAGAUACCUACAUGGGAUGAGACCAGCCCUUACGAUCCAAUGGAGAGCAAACCAGUCAAGCGCCCUCGCAAGAAGCCACGCAAGAACCCACGGCACAAGAACCCUCUCCUGCAGUUUGAUGAGCAGACCAUUAAGAAAGCUCGUAAGAAGCAAUGGAACGAGCCGAGGAAUUGUGCUCGCAGAUAUUUAAAGGUUGAUUUUGCAGAUAUCGGCUGGAGCGAGUGGAUUAUCUCCCCCAAGUCUUUUGAUGCGUACUACUGCUCGGGGUCAUGUCAGUUCCCCAUGCCAAAGUCUUUGAAACCUUCAAACCAUGCGACCAUUCAGAGCAUCGUUCGGGCGGUCGGGGUGGUCCCAGGCAUCCCAGAGCCCUGCUGUGUUCCGGAGAAGAUGUCUUCCCUCAGCAUCCUCUUCUUUGAUGAAGACAAGAACGUCGUCCUCAAGGUAUAUCCCAAUAUGACAGUGGACUCCUGUGCCUGUCGGUAAAUAUGCCUUGGUCUUUUCCACCAGCCUCCCUCCCCUAAACUGAUUCCCAAUUUUUGCACUGGAAGAAAAACUGAAGAUGCUCAUUUCAUAAGCCUUGAAGAACUAUCUACAGAUUUAAGGAUUGUGAAGAGCAAAGUGAUUUUCCAGAAGGAAUUCCUUCCUGUUAGCAGGAGGCUUCGUGCAUCAGUUGAGAUACGAACAUAUGAAGAGAUCCUCUGUCUGUGUUUGACCAGGAUGUUCUCAUGUUUCUAUAACCUCAGCAGUUAAGCUUACAGGGGACAAACAUUUGCUGUCAUUCAUCAUGUUUCUGUACAGUUUGUGUAAUCUGUCAUUAUUAUAGCUAUAUUUUUGCUACAGAGGCAUUGAUUGACUCUAAAUGUUCAUAUUCUAUGGCUGCUAUAAAGUGGACUUCUAGGGAAAAUGAAAAGUAAAGAUAUCUUUUUUUUUGUUACAUUUGUCUUUUUUUAAUUAAAUGAUUACCUAUAUAAGUUACUUACUGUUCAUAUUCAGUUUUCCGCAUUAAGCUUGAAACAGUGUUUUAUUUCUGAGUGACUGUUUUGAAUGUCUUCAAUCUGCAUCAAAUAUAUAUCAUGUUUUCCUCCAAAAAGGUUCAUUGUUACAAGCCUAAAUGUAACAGUGUUACGUCGCAUUUUCUUUUAUCUGUCUUUUUUUUUUUUUGAUACUUGCUUUUGUAAAUAUGAUGUUUCCGUCUGACCGAUUAAUACAAGGUUGCAUCCUCACAUUUAGCUGAAUUCAAAAUGUAUAUGCACGCAUUCAUUUUUCUGUCAUUCCCCUGAAAACUGCUAGUGUCAAGAAACCAGAUGUUAUUUUAUGAGCAAUUUUUAAAACAAUAUAUUCAGGAAGGUGAUUACGAAAAUUUUAUGUCGAUUAUUUAGCCUUUGUCUCUUUAACACAACAAUGCCUAUAUAAAGUGCCUUAGGUUAAUCAAACAUUAAAUACAACGUAUAUUCUACAAGAAAAUUUAUAUUUUACAAAGAUGAGUGUAACAUGUAAUGUCUUAUUUUGGCAGAAUAUUUUAAGUCUAUCAGUUUAUUUGGAUAAAAUGUGAUAUUUUGUUCUGUAUACAAAUUGUACUGUUUUUAGCAUAAAAACUAAAGCAAAGACAUAUCACAAGCUGCAUGUUCAUAAAUGGGGUGUGGGAUUUUUUUGACAACAGAGAAAUGAACACAAAUGUAAAAGUGGGCUAUUAUCUUAAUAUAUGAUACAUACGUCAAAACACACUAUUUAAAGCACUCCUUUAGCAUUUUUGUAAUAUAUUUUUUGGAAGGCUUCCGCCACACUGUGUGUUUUGUAAAUGUUAUGCUGUAGGUGAAAGGAUGUGCUUUGUAUGAUAAGCUUCAUAAGAAAUUAUAUUUGUAUAUGGAAAUGACCUUUAAAAGCAUUUAUUUAUUGUCGGUAUGAUGCCUUCUGUAUCUUAAUUUUGUGAAGCACAGAGGGGUUCAUUAAAUAUUCAUUGAGCUUUGCUGCACAAAGGUUAGACGGGGUGCAAAAGGAAGCAAUCACAUGACUCAUGUCAAAUGAGCGAGAGUGCUAUUUUUGUAACAUCUCCCAAGUUGAAAGAAUCCCUUUCGGCAGACGGUUCGAGGAAAACAAAUAAAGUUUUAAGAAUUCUGUA